GGUCUAAAGAAGGAGAGCCAUUCAUUAUUUUUGAUUCACACGAAGAGAGCAAAAGACAGAGAAGAAGAAGAAGCAGAAGACGAAUCCAACCAUGGCGGCUGCUGUAUCAUCUGUUUGGUCAAAGCCUGGUGCUUGGGCUCUUGAAGCCGAGGAACACGAAGCUGAACUCAAACAACAAGCCCCUCCCUCCACCCAGAAAUCCUCUGCCGGAGAUUCCUCCGAUUUCCCUUCCUUAGCCGCUGCUGCGACCACCAAAACGAAGAAGAAGAAGGGCCAAACCAUAUCUCUCGCCGAAUUCGCUACCUACGGCUCUGCUAAGGCGGCGCCGGCUCCACAGACGGAGCGUCUCACUCAGGCUGAGCUGGUCUCUCUUCCCACCGGUCCACGUGAACGCUCUGCUGAUGAGCUUGAUAGAUCUAAGCUUGGAGGUGGUUUCCGGAGCUAUGGUGGGGGUCGUUACGGAGAUGAAUCGUCCAGCUCGAGGUGGGGUUCGUCUAGGGUUUCGGAGGAUGGGGAAAGGAGAGGCGGUGGAUUCAACAGGGACAGGGAACCUAGUAGGGAUUCGGGUCCGUCGCGUGCCGAUGAGGAUGAUAACUGGGCGGCCGCCAAGAAACCAAUUGGCGGAGGCGGAUUCGAGAGAAGAGAGCGAGGCGGCGGCGGGUUCUUCGAAUCUCAGUCUCAGUCCAAGGCUGAUGAAGUUGAUAGCUGGGUCUCCACUAAGCCAUCGGAGCCCCGUAGAUUUGUUUCUAGUAACGGCGGCGGUGGUGAUAGAUUUGAGAAAAGGGGAAGUUUUGAAUCCUUGUCUAGAAACCGGGAUUCUCAAUACGGCGGUGGAGGUAGUUCUGAUUCGGACACUUGGGGGAGGAGAAGAGAAGAGAGCGGUGGUGCAAACGGCGUGCCAUCACCGACUGUUGGCUCACGGCCUAGAUUGGUGUUACAGCCACGUACACUUCCCGUGGCCGUUGUGGAGGUAGUGAAGCCGGAGAGUCCGGUCUUGGUCAUUGUCGAUAAACCUAAAGGUGCAAAUCCUUUUGGGAAUGCAAGACCUAGAGAGGAAGUUCUGGCUGAGAAAGGCCAGGAUUGGAAAGAGAUUGACGAGAAGCUCGAGGCUGACAAGCUUAAGGACGUUUCUGCAGCCAUUGAGAAGCCUGAUGAGAAAUCUCCAGGGAAGAUGGGCUUUGGUCUUGGCAAUGGCCGUAAAGACGACGAACGUACUGAAAGAAGUUGGAGGAAAAGCACGGAGCAAUCUGAGGAGGAACCAGCUGUAGAAGAGGCUACGAAGGAAGAGACUGAGGGAGAACCGGCUGUAGAAGAGGCUAAGAAGGAAGAGACCGAGGGCGAACCGGCUGUAGAAGAGGCUAAGAAGGAAGAGGCUGAGAACGAACCAGCUGUAGAAGAGGCUAAGAAGGAAGAGACGGAGGACAAAAUCUAAAGAGUGAAAAGGCAUUUUUGUGGAUUGUAAUAGAACAAGUUGGGUUCU